AUCUCAAACUUUUCCAUUUUUCUAUUUUUUUGUUUUCCUUUGUUUUCCUUAUAAUCCCUCAUCAUUUCUCAAUUGAGGAGUAAAAUAUUUGAUUAUAUAAAAGAUAAAGAUGAAGGUGGUGCCACCAAAUGUUGCCAUUGCAAUGGCAAUCUUUUUAUUAUUAUCAUCAAACAUAAAUGUUGUUUUUGGGAUUAGAUUUGUGAUUGAUAGAGAAGAUUGUUUCGCUCAUAAUGUUCAAUAUGAAGGGGAUACAGUGCAUGCUUCAUUUGUUGUCAUAAGCAGUGCUGAUUCAACAUGGCAAUUAACUCAAGAAGGUUUGGAUCUUGUGGUUAAAGGACCUUCUGGAGAUCAAGUUCGAGAUUUUCGCGAUAAGAUAAGUGAAAAAUUCGAAUUUGUAGCUCGAACUAGAGGAGUUUAUCGGUUUUGCUUCACUAACAAGUCACCUUAUCGUGAAAAAAUAGAUUUUGAUGUUCAUUCUAACCAUUUUUCAACCUAUGAUCAACAUGCACAAAAUGAACAUUUUACUCCUUUGUUAGAACAAAUAAUAAAGCUAGAAGAAGCUCUUUUCAAUAUUCAGUACGAACAACAUUGGCUUGAGGCUCAGACAGAACGUCAAGCAAUAUUAAAUAAUGCAAUGAGCUCAAGAGCAAUUCACAAGGCCUUACUUGAAUCAGCAGCACUAAUUGGUGCAAGCACCCUCCAAGUUUAUCUUCUUCGCCGCCUCUUCGAAAGAAAGCUUGGAAUGUAGAACACUACAUCAUUUGUAUGUUGGUUUUGAAGCAAAGCUUGUCAAUCCACCAAAUUUUGUUUUCCUUUGAUGGUUAAAUAGUGCAUUCAUAGGACUCACUUGAUUCAAAACUAUUUAGUAGUUUUGUUCUUCUAUUUAGGCACAUAAAUAUGUAUUUUUG